AUGACGGCCGGAGACGAGACGCAGCUGAACUUCUCUCUGUCACAGUCCUUAUUGAAGGGCAGUGAAGUUCCUUUCUAUGUGGCUAAUUUGGACAAUGUCUAUAAGCAGUCUGUAAAAUGGCAGACACAUCUACCCAGAGUGAAGCCUUUCUAUGCAAUGAAGUGCAACAACACACCAGCAGUGAUCAGGACACUCAGUGCACUGGGAAUAGGGUUUGACUGUGCCAGCAAAGGGGAGAUUGAGAUACUCUUGUCUAUGGGGGUGACCCCAGACAGAAUCAUUUAUGCAAAUGUAACCAAACCCCCGUCCCACAUCAGCUACGCCUGUGCAUCUGGAGUGGACAUGAUGACUUUUGACUGUGAGGAGGAGCUCCUCAAGAUCUCCACCUUUCACCCCAAAGCAAAACUGGUGCUCCGUAUUUCAGUGGAUGACACCAAGGCUCUUGUGAAACUCGGCUCAAAUUUUGGAGUCAAACUUCAUGCUGUUGUUGACCUGCUGAAAGAAGCUCAAAAGCUGCAAUUAAAUGUCAUUGGAGUUAGUUUCCAUGUUGGAAGUUUUUGCAGUGACAGUGAAGCGUCGUCAAACAAUGGAUUGCUCUGGCAUUGA